AUGCCGGACACGUCGGGGGCGGGGGCUGGGCCUGGGCCGCCGUUAAAUGCGCCUGCACCCGGACUAAAAGCAUCGCAGAGAUCGGUCAACUUCAGUGACAGUCAAGGGAUUGUUGGCACUGCUAGCCAGCCCACCUGGCCCAAUCAGGAAACGCUGGUGGACGGCGACUCAGACUCGCCUGGCAACGGCAUCCAAAUACCGGGGGGGAUAAAACCAGACGAUGGGCCCCAUCAAGGGACAGAACCGAAAGAGGUGGAUCCAGCAGAUACCCAGAAGCAACUGAAUCGAUACCGGGAGUGUUUGGCACGGGAUAUAGAGAGGAGAGAAGUCUCUGCAAGAGGGGGAAACCCGCCGGCCAACGCCACGAUGAUCUCUCCUCCCGCCGCUCAGGAUGAGACCAACAUAUCGCCAGCGUCAUCUUCCGAACAGACAAGUAUCUCGACCGGGUCGGGAAACACCCUCAGGGGCGGCACAGUUCCUGGCCUGUUAGCCGGAAACUCCUAUUCGUUUCCACAUAUGACGACACCAGGUUCUGGCCAUCCGCCAGGCCACCUCUCCCACAACUCAUUAUCCUCGGCAACACUGCCUCCCGCCUGUCACAAUGUCCCUUUCGAGGACCCUCGUCUACACGGCAAAGUGCUGUCCGACCGUUCGGCGCCGAGCUCAACCAUGUCGUUCCCGGCCGACCGGUACGCACAAGCCGGCGCCCGAUGCGAACUUCCCAGCCCCAACCUCUAUGAUUUGACUUUAAUGCUAUCUGCCGAGCCCGGGCUGGAUGCAUGGUGGAACACGGUUGUGCAAAUAAUGACCGACGUCUACAAAGCCGAGCGAAUCACCUUGGCCAUCCCCGCAGACUCGACCGAUAUCGAGAACGUGCCCUGGGGGCAGAAGGCGACCUACAACCCUCACCAGGACGAUCUAAGUAUUGGCUAUUUAGCGAGAGGUUCGAGCUUCAAUGUCAGCAGCAACGAUGGUUUCUCCGAGGCCAAGUCACAAGCCGACGAGCCAGCGAAGAAAAAAGGCGCAAUACGCCCGGGAUUGCAAAGCAGGCACUCGUUCACAUCGUACGAAGAAAAGAAGAAGACUACUCCUAGAGAGAGGAGUUCGGCUAAUCGUCGCCCGAAUCUUCCUUCGAGGAGCAAGAGCUCCUACCCUGCGUCAUCUCUCAGACAGGAGGAAGCCUCCGAGGACGGUGACGAUGAUGGCGACGGCGGCGAGGAUCAACUUCAGGGGUUGAACAGGAAGGCGUUGGAGGAGCACGACGCGCUCGAGGGACAACAGGACAUAGCAAGCUGGGAUGCUCCUUUCGCAUCACCGGGACAAGACCGAGGCAAGGUGCUCAACGUGCUGCAGGCCCUUGACUACGAAGCAGACCCGCUUAUCGACCACAACGGCGUCAUGCGUGUGCUCGAGCGCGGGCGGGUGAUUGCGCUGACAAGGAAUUAUCCCUACCUCAAUCCCAGUUCCAAGGACAAUCCCUCUGAGAGCAACCCGGCCUCUCGGAACCAACUUUCCCCGGAAGCGAUGAGGAAAAAAGCUGGGAAAUAUCGGCCCGAGUCGGUGUCAGGCAUUCUCCCCCUGUUUGAGAGCAGCAACCCGGUUUCUUCUGGCCGCGGAAUGAAAUCCCAGGCUGGCGAGAAGAAGAAAGCAGCUGGAAUAGCGGCCAAAAUCGAACAUGAAGAUCCUCUCCCCCCGAUGCCCAAAUUCGAGGAAUUUGAGCAAGCACCACCAUCGCCAUGGUCGCAAUCACCGGCUCCGUCCCCGGCUGUUCGGGCCGAUCCGACAGAGAACCCAUUCUUCACCGAUGCCAUGGUCGACGAGGAGUCUUUCAACCCCUCUUCGGGCCCGGAGGAUUACUCAACCAUGGUCCCUCCAGAGGCUAUCGGAGUCGACAAUUCCUGGACUGUCUUGCACAUCCCCUUGACGCACGUCCUUCUCUCGAAACUGAACCCCUCCUUCAAACUCGACAACACCCUUUUGGAACAGAAGUACUCAAAGGGGACAUCUGAGUCGAGAACUGAAGAGUCCGGGGGUUCAGCAGCGCCGCAGCUGUCGCCCCUUGAGCAAAAGCAGGCUCCCAUAGCCAUUCUCUCAAUCCUGAGCCCGAUAAUACCAUAUCCGUCGAAUCUUCACCAAUCCCUAGACCAGCUAGCUCCCCAUCUCGCGACCUCGUUUUCGCUCUGCCGCCACUACACUAAUCUGGAGGUCGAGCUGAACGGCCUCCAAAAGCGCAGACCACAUCCUUCAGGCUUUGGGGCGGUUGGCCACGAUGGACGAAUUUUGGCCGACCCGACGGCGCUGGCAACCUUGGGAUAUAUGCCGUCCGAAGACCCCUUGUCCCGCGAUCCUCUUGGUGGCAGUAUCACCAGUCCCAGUGACUCUGCUCCAUCCCGCGGCACUAUCGGAUCCCCCUUUGAUACUCCAUGCUGGGACCCAGCAGCGCUCGGCUUCGUCAUGGACAAUCGGCUUUCGGCGUCCAGUCCGGCACCGGCUAGUGGGGAUAGCUAUUUCAGCACGAAACCCAAACCAGGGUUAAGCAGCACCCCACAGCCAAUAGGGAGGAAUUCCAAGGAGAGCUCAAGCGCUGAGAAGAAGUCAUUGUUGCGCAAUUCCAGCGGGAAGACCCAACUCCAUACCCCUGUCAUACCUGGCCCUGCCGUGUCUGAUGGCCAGGCCGGGGGUGACGGUGGCGGCGGCGGAGGGACACACUCGGACGAGCGCCCCCCGUCUGCUGGCAUCCCACGAUCACAUCAGCGCAGUGUGUCGACGACGACAGACGCAAAAGAACAAACAGAGGCAAAGGAUGAAGCGCCACAGAACGGGAGUGGUCGGGCAGUUGCUGGUGAAGCUCAGAAGAGGACGGCCAUUUCCACGCCCACCUCUCAGCGCCGCCAUACGCAGCUUCAUUCUUACGGUGCCGACUUUGCCACAACCUUCCAAUCUCUUCCACCAAGUUCUACGAUUGGGAGCAAACCCAUCUCUCGGCCGGCAGCGUCGUCUCGAGGUGGUUCGGUUGCGGCUGCACAACCGGAGAUGACGCCUCCGUCGGACAGAUUGAAGAGUCUCAUUCUGGAUUCUCUCCCGGCCCACGUUUUCGUGGCUCUGCCGCAGACUGGCGAGAUCCUAUGGGUCAACAGCAGAUUCCUCACGUAUCGCGGACAGACUUCCGGGGACUUGGCAGCAGACCCGUGGGGGAGCAUCCAUCCCGACGAUCGAGAAGAAUACCUCCGUGCCUGGAGCCAUUCCGUCCGAAGUGGAGAGCAGUUCUCGCGGACUGUGCGUAUUCGCCGCUUCGAUGGCGCAUACAGGUGGUUCUACGCCCGGGCUGUUGCCUCCAAAGACAAACGGGGUGUUAUCAUUCAGUUCCUCGGAUCGUACAUGGACAUCCACGACCAGCACAUUGCCGAACUCAGAGCUGCCCGGAAGGAGGAGAUCGAGGCGUCGGAAGCUAAGCACAGGUUACUCGCCAACCUGAUUCCCCAGAUCAUCUUCACUGCCACUGAGGACGAGGGCAUAACGUUCGCCAACGAACAAUGGCUGUCAUACACUGGCCAGAGCUUUGACGAUGCCUUGGGCUUGGGCUUUAUGGACUACGUCCACCCGGAGGAUCUUGCAAAGUGUCGCAUUCCGAUCGAUCGGCCGCCGACGCCGAUGCCCCAGAGCGAGCUGAGAAGCGAGGCACGGCCGCCGUCAACACCGAGCGGACCGGCGGCGUCGGCGGCUGUACCCGUUAAUUCUUACGCCAAUCCCGAGUCCAACAUGCGGGGUGUCCAUCAGGCCCUCUCGAGAAAUAACAGCUCCAGCAGCGGUUCCGUCUAUGAACUGCCGAGCGCCAAUCUCACGGAGCUGGCCAAACAAGGCGUCAUCAAGGUCGCAACCGACAGCAAUGGGCGGCUCUCGUACACGACCGAGAUUAGGCUGCGAUCAAAGGUCGACGAGUACCGGUGGCACUUGAUCAGAUGCGUCGAGAUCGACAACGUCGACUUUGGGAACGGGGCCAGCUCCUACUUUGGGUCCGCAACUGAUAUCAAUGACCACAAGCUCCUCGAGGCCAAGCUCAAGGAAGCAAUGGAGUCCAAGGGCAGAUUCCUCAGCAACAUGUCACACGAGAUCCGCACGCCCCUUGUCGGCAUAUCCGGCAUGGUUAGCUUCCUGCAGGAUACGACCCUGAAUGAGGAGCAGAGGGACUAUACCAACACGAUCCAAACCAGCGCCAACAGCCUGUUGAUGAUCAUCAACGACAUCCUUGACCUCUCCAAGGUAGACGCUGGCAUGAUGAAACUCAGCCACGAAUGGUUCCACACUCGGUCCCUAAUCGAAGACGUGAACGAGCUUGUAUCCACCAUGGCCAUCGCCAAACGACUGGAGCUAAACUAUGUCGUCGAGGAAGACGUUCCGGCUUGGGUCAAGGGUGACAGGGUUCGCAUCCGCCAAAUCCUCCUCAACGUCAUUGGGAACGCCAUCAAGUUCACGAGUCAGGGAGAGGUUUUCAGCAUGUGCAAGGUCUUUACUCCUGAGGAUGAGUCUCUCCGGGACGAUGAGAUCAUGCUCCAGUUCUCCAUUGUCGAUACGGGCCGGGGCUUCACAGAGAAGGAGGCCGAGCUGAUCUUCAAGCCUUUCAGCCAAAUUGAUGGCAGUAGCACUCGACAAUACGGAGGAAGCGGCUUGGGUCUCGUCAUUUCACGGCAGCUCGUAGAGCUGCACGGUGGGAGAAUGGAUGGUACUGCCGUUCCUGGGAAAGGUUCGACCUUCACCUUCACGGCCCGUUUUGGCCUCCCGACCGACUUGGAUCAUCCCGAGGCGCCGUCGAGUCCUCGCGGCGAGCAAGCUCCCAAAACACCACAUGACGACAUUCCUCGCGACUUUAAGCACUUCCCUUCAAACAGAGUCAUUCGACAAUCUCCAGCCACCACCAGUCCAUCAACGGACCCAGAGUUUGUAUCUCCGACCCUGACCUCGAGCAGCUGCUCAGAUCCGUCGGUGAACUCUGGCAGGACGCAGACAACGGGACGGUCCUCCAUGUCUCCAGUCAAUGCCGGCCUGGUGCGCUUCAGCGCAGCAGCUAGGGCCAGCGGGCAGGACCUCUCGCAGAUGAAGCUGGAGAUGCCGUCGGAAAGAAUAGCCUCUGAAGUGGCACACUUCGCUGGUGCACUUCAGCCACCUGGCAUCGUCGGAGACUUCCGGCCGCUAAUGUACUCGAUCCUCAUAAUAUGUCCGCAGUCGCACAGUAGGGAAGCUACAACCAAGCACAUCGAGAUGACGUUGCCCAAAGACAUCCCCCAUCAGAUCACGGCUCUCUCGUCCAUCGAAGAAUCCAAGGCCUUUACUGGAGGCGACGAUCCAGUCAUGUUCACACACAUAGUCGUCAACCUGCCGUCGCCCGAAGAAAUCAUCGCAUUGAUGGAUCAAGUCGUAAAGUCGGGCAUGGUUGGCAAGACUACGAUCCUCAUCCUAACCGACUCGGUGCAGAGGCAGGCGGUAACGAAGCUGGUUGCCAAUACCCGAUACGAAGAGCUGUUGUCGGAAAAGGAGGUGACUUACAUUUACAAGCCGGUGAAGCCAUCUCGGUUCGCCGUCAUCUUCGACCCGGGCAAGGAACGUGACCUCAGCAUCGACAGGAACCGAUCCACGGCGCAGCGGAUCGUGGAACAUCAGAAGCAGAGCUACAUCGAGGUCGAGAAGAGAAUGGGCAACAAGGGAUACAAGGUGCUCGUUGUCGAGGACAACCUGGUAAACCAGAAGGUGCUCCAAAAGUACCUCAAGAAGGUCGGCGUCCAAGUCGAGGUGGCGGCUGAUGGCGUCGAAUGCACCGAGAAGGUCUUCUCGCAGCCACACGGCUGCUAUUCCCUGAUACUGUGCGAUCUCCACAUGCCUCGAAAGGACGGCUACCAAGCGUGCCGCGAGAUUCGAGACUGGGAGGCGUCGAAUGGGUACCCCGACAUGCCCAUCGUCGCACUGUCGGCCAACGUCAUGUCAGACGUCCAGGAGAAGUGCAUCGCCGCGGGCUUCAGCGACUACGUCACCAAGCCCGUCGAUUUCAUCCAACUUAGCACUGCGUUGUCCAAGUUCUUCCAAGGUGGAAAAUAAGUUCAAAAAGCGGGCAUACCACAUAAUCCAUUCUUGAACGCCCAUCAUCAACAUCAUCAGCGUUUCCAAAUCUCCCUUCAUUUCUAUCAAGCGGAUUUUCUUCUCAUUCUUUUUACUUUUCUUUUUCUGAUUACGAGCAUCGUUUCCCCGAGGGAGCGGGAUCACUAGGUAGUGCACAUUCGCCGAUGGACGGCUGGUGUUCAUCGCCCUAUUUCAAGCUUUGCUUCUUAUAAGUCACUUGCAGAGACAGCAAUCACAGCGACUUAGACCGUCUGCCAGGAAGUCACGCCGAUAAGUGUGUGGUAGUGGUGGUGGUUGAUACAUGACACUUCUACGAUGAUGGAGAGAAGUGAUGAAGAGGAGGGGGGUAUAGAGGGAGGGAGUGAAUUAUGCCCAAAUAGACAGAGCUGGUUCUUACUAUUACGACAUGCUAUGGAAGACUCGUUCG